CUUCCAAUGCCUAGCGACAUCCAUCCUCCACGAGCCGAUCAGACACCCGAGGGAUUCUGGGUGAUAACGGUUGGGCAAGAAGUUGGCGUGUUUUACCGCUGGGCUGAUGUUGCUGAGCGAACAAAUUUUGUUAGCGGUAAUGUUCAAAAACGAUACAAGUCGUUUCAGCAGGCGUUAGCAGCAUAUAAGGCCGGGUGUGACGAAGGCAGGGUUCGGGCAGUUCCACUGGCGGGUGGCCCUUUCUGGCCAUCCUCUCCAGAGUCCUCGCCCAACCCUCCUUCACCUACAUUGUCUGUGGGCUCAUCUGCGAGCUCAGACUCAUAUGACCUAUGGUUGCAGGUCGAAGACUUGACAGAGACAAUGAGCCAGCUUUAA